AUGGUAGCAGUCCCAGUUACCAGUUACGGCCGGGAGGUCCUACUCGUUCUCGAUAGUGGCAGUGUCCACAUCCUUAUACCUGAGGAUACUAUCGUUAGCCUCGGGGUCAAGCAUAGCAUACAAGCUCUAGAUCGGCCUUGUCUUAUCCAAGGUAUCGGUGCGACUGUUACCUUAACCUCCGAGAUCUCUCUGAAAUGUUCGAUCUUCGGAGCAGCUUGUAAGCUCGAGGGAUUGGUGUAUCCAAGGAAGCUCCUGGAUACAGAAUCUCCGAUGAUACUUCUUGGUUUGGGCUCUAUCCAGAAAAUGGGUCUAAACCUAGACUUCCCUACUCUUACCGUAUCUUUGAAGGCGUUGAACCUAUCUGGUCGGUUGGUGGAGGUGAACAAUGCUGCAAUGGCGGCAACUUCGAGGCCAGUCCCGAAGUCAUCUGAAGAAUCUACCUUGCGUAUCGGCGACUCGUCCGAGAAGGUAAAAAAACUCAUCGCCCAGCGGCUCAAGGGCUGGGACUUCCCGGUGGUCAAGGCAGUGAGGCGUGAAGGUGUGUGCAUACCUAAACCUGGUCGGUGA